UCUCUCCUCUCUACUCUCUUCUUCCCUUGUUCCCCUCCCUCCCUCUCUCUCAUCUCCGGCGCUCUCCGGCGAGAGCUCAGGCGAGGGCUCCACAGCCUUCAGGAGAGCUCCUCACCGAGGAAAAAGCAACCUUCUUGCUCCCCCGAGGCUUGCGACCCGGGAUUGGCCUCGAAGAUCUUGUUAAUUUUGCUUCGAAGGAAGGAUUCGUCAUCGCAAAUCUUGAUCUGUGGGUGGAUUUGGUGGUGGAAAGUUUCCAUCUUUUAUGGGGCAAGGCUGUGUGGAACCCUUGAUGCUCCCAUGGAGUUUUGCUACCAUAGCUGGGACAGCGGUGGUGAAGAGGCAGUAGGAGGUGAUAGAGCACGAGCAAGAGGUGGAAGAGAAGACAAGUAGGCAAGAAUAGGAAGGACGAAGGACAAGGAGAGGAGGGAGCUCUCCAUGGGGGAGCCCCUCCUCACCACCCUGUCCAUGGAGAACAGCAACAAUCAUCCCUGCACCCGCCUCUCCAUGGAUCCUGCCGGGUCUCAUGCGGCCUCAGGUGAUUCCUCUGGUGGUGGCGGUGGCGGUGCUAGCAGCACCGGUGCCGGUGGUGGUGGUGGUGACAGGGAACUGUUCAUCAUUCCACGGCGUGACACUGCGCAUCCUGGACCACCGGACAUUAACCUGCCUCUUUCUGCAGACCCCUCACCACCACCCCCUCCACCACCGUCGUGGGGUCUUGACCAGUUCGACAUGCUUGAUGUCAGUCUCGGCACGCAGAAUUACGAGUCCGAGGUUGCGCUUACGCUUCCAAAGUUGACUGGCAAUGGCAGCGCUGCGGUUGGCGUCGGUGCGAGGAAGUGUGCUAAGAGGGGGGACAGCAUUUGGGGUGCAUGGUUCUUCUUCAAUCACUACUUCAAACCUGCACUUGUGGAGAAGCCGAAGGGCAAGGUGACGCGGGAGUCUUCUGGGAUCAUUUCAGGCUUUGAGAAGUCAGAUCUUCGCCUUGAUGUCUUCCUGGUGCAGCAUGACAUGGAGAACAUGUACAUGUGGGUUUUUAAGGAACGGCCUGACAAUGCCCUCGGGAAGAUGCAGCUCCGGAGCUUCAUGAAUGGGCAUUCCAAGCAUGGGGAGCCAUCAUUCCCAUUCAGUGCAGAUAAGGGCUUUGCAAGGUCACACCGCAUGCAGCGCAAGCACUACCGUGGGCUGUCCAACCCGCAAUGCCUUCAUGGGAUCGAGAUUGUGAAUUCACCAAAUUUGUCAGCUGUUCCUGAAGCCGAAAUGAAGAAGUGGGCAGAACUUACAGGCAGAGAAGUUAAUUUCUCUAUUCCUCCUGAAGCAAGUGACUUCGAAUCAUGGAGGAAUCUUCCAAGCACUGACUUUGAACUUGAUAGGCCACAGCCUCCAUCGUCAAAGAGUGUCACCCAUGGCUCUCACAGUCAUAAAAAGGCACUGAAUGGUUCAGGUCUUAACCUUUCUACGCCACCAUCAUCGGAUGAUGGGAUGGACCUUUCACCUAAAUGUGCCAAACGCCGCAAGGACUUCUUUGCUCAUGGUGCAGAUGAGGAUUGUGUGAUGGCAAAUAAUUCUUGUUCUGACAGAGAGCAAGAGAUAGAAAUCCACACAGGUGAGCCGUCAUGGAUGCACGAGUUCACUGGUGUAGCAAAGCAUGCAAGUGGACCUGUUACUGCUGCCAAGACAAUAUAUGAGGAUGAUGAAGGCUAUUUAAUCAUGGUGAGCAUGCUCUUCUCUGAUCCUCACAGUGUCAAGGUCUCUUGGAGGAACACAUUGACACAUGGUAUCGUGAAGAUAUCAUGUGUGAGCACCGCCCGAAUGCCCUUUGUUAAGAGGCAUGACAGGACAUUCAAGCUGACUGAUCCUUUCCCUGAACACUGCCCUCCCGGAGAAUUUGUGAGAGAGAUACCUUUGGCUACAAGGAUUCCAGAAGAUGCAAAGCUCGAAGCGUAUUAUGACGAGACUGGCACUGGACUGGAAAUCAUGGUCCCCAAACACCGAGUUGGACCUGAAGAGCAUGAAGUCCAGGUUUGCAUGAGGCCCCCACACCUUGGUGACAAUGAUCUUCUUUUAUCAUAGAACAGAAAACAGUUAGUCUUUACUCUUUAGAUCUUCCUGUGUCAUGCCAUGAGAUGCAGGAAAGUAACAAGUGAUGCCAUGGAUAUUUUGUUGCUAAACAUUUAGCUGAAAUUCCUUUCUCAGUAGUGUUGGUGAUUUAGGCAAAAAAGUUACCACUUUUGUUGAUUCUCCUCUGUACUUUUCACACUAGCACCGCUAUAUUGGUGAUCUUGAUUUCUAUGGAACAUGGCAAGUUGAAAUUCUGUAUAUAUGUCCGAUGAUCUGGUUCAAUCAAUGGUUCAUAAUAACAUCGACAACUACAGAAGUUCAGAACUGUGUUGUCAACUUCCGCAA